AUGCCCUCGUCUACCAGCGCCAUGCGCACCCUCCUUCACGCCUCGGCGCCCCGCGCGCUUCCCUCCUCUAGGCCUGUCCAGAGGUCAUGGCAAAGAUUCGUUCAGACUGCGCCGAAGCCCUCCACUCCCGCCCUGCCCGCAUAUCAGUUGCCGAGGACAUGUAGAACCCAGGCGCUCGCAAGAAACACGUCGAUUUUCCACCCGGUUGCCUCCAAGCGGGAGUUUUCUACCUCGUCUGCGCGGCAGCAUGGCCAUCUCCACACUCCGAAGCCGGGCGAAGAGCGGAAGGUGACCUUCAUCGACAAGGACGGCGACGAGCACACCUUCGAGGUCGCUGACGGGGACAACCUGCUGGACAUUGCUCAAGCAAACGAUCUCGAGAUGGAAGGCGCGUGCGGCGGUUCCUGCGCAUGCAGUACCUGCCAUGUCAUCGUCGAGGACAGCGACUUGUACGACCGCAUGGAGGAGCCUGAUGACGACGAAAACGACAUGCUGGAUCUUGCUUUCGGACUUACAGAGACGAGCCGUCUGGGCUGUCAGGUCAAGAUGACCAAGGAGCUGGACGGCCUUGUCGUCAAGCUGCCUAGCAUGACGCGAAACCUGCAGGCAAGCGACUUUGCUGAUAAAUGA